AAAACAUCUCUUCCUUUUCCUCCUCAACCUUUACUCUUUCUUUCUCCUCUCUCUCUCCUCUCGUGCGCGGUGCCGUUAGCUUUUUUCUAUCCUUCCCCUCCUAAGAAAGCUCGCCUCUCUACUUUUUUCAAGAUACCCCCACCCGUCAUCAUGUUGUCUCGAGGAUCUCUUCGAUCGGCUCAGCUGCUGCGCGGCGUCGCCAAGCAACAACCCCAGCUCGCCCGAUCCUUCGCCACCGUCCAGUCCGACAUCUUCAAGCCUGCCAAGUACGGCGGCAAGUACACCGUCACCCUCAUCCCCGGUGAUGGUAUCGGUACCGAGGUUGCCGAGUCUGUCAAGACCGUCUUCAAGGCCGACAACGUCCCCGUUGAGUGGGAGCAGAUCGAGGUUUCCGGUCUCGAGGGCGCCGGCCGCACUGAGGAUGCCUUCCGCGAGUCCGUCGCUUCUCUCAAGCGCAACAAGCUCGGCCUCAAGGGUAUCCUCCACACCCCCAUCAGCCGAUCCGGCCACCAGAGCUUCAACGUCGCCAUGCGACAGGAGCUCGACAUUUACGCCAGCAUCAGCUUGAUCAAGAACAUCCCCGGCUACGAGACCCGCCACAAGGACGUCGACCUGUGCAUCAUCCGAGAGAACACCGAGGGUGAGUACUCUGGUCUUGAGCACCAGAGCGUCGAGGGUGUCGUCGAGUCCCUCAAGAUCAUCACCCGCGCCAAGUCUGAGCGUAUCGCCAGGUUCGCCUUCUCUUUCGCCCUCGCAAACGGCCGAUCCAAGGUUACUUGCAUCCACAAGGCCAACAUCAUGAAGCUUGCCGACGGUCUCUUCCGCAGCACCUUCCACCAGGUCGCCAAGGACUACCCCACCCUCGAGACCAACGACAUGAUUGUCGACAACGCCUCCAUGCAGGCUGUCUCUCGUCCUCAGCAGUUCGACGUUAUGGUCAUGCCUAACCUUUACGGUGGUAUCCUCUCCAACAUUGGCGCUGCCCUUGUUGGUGGUCCCGGUAUUGUCCCUGGUUGCAACAUGGGCCGUGAGGUUGCUGUUUUCGAGCCCGGUUGCCGUCACGUCGGUCUUGACAUCAAGGGCAAGGACCAGGCCAACCCCACUGCCAUGCUUCUGUCCGGCAGCAUGCUGCUGCGACACCUUGGUCUCGAUGAGCAUGCUAACCGCAUCUCCAAGGCCACCUACGCCGUCAUUGCCGAUGGCAAGGUCCGCACUCCCGACAUGGGCGGCAAGUCCACCACCCACGAGUUCACCCGUGCCAUCCUCGACAAGCUCGAGACCGUUUAAAUGCAGCAUCUUUUGUGAUAUCCCCCAAAAACAAAACAAACCAUGUGUAACCCCUUUUUUAUUUUCGUUUGUCUUGUACCGUGUGAUAGCGGGACAAUUUGGACACAUACGCACAUCACUCUGAACCCACACCACCAUUGCCUCGAUCGAAUAUACCUACGACUAGGAGUCUGCGGAUUUAGGCGUUACAAGAGGAAGGGGUUGGCGGCGACGUUGGAGAAAAAGCAGUGGAAGACGAUAUAGUGGAAGAGUGAAGGAGAUUGUACGUGUAACAUGAACUUGCGCAGUCUUGAAUAUAUUGUAAAGUCCA